GACUUCCUGACCUUGCCGUCCCCAGCGACCUCAUAGGUUCGUCGCCAUCCUUGUAGCAUGCCUGCCUUCUCCGUCGCCAUGCAGUGCUAGGCCCUCAGAUGAGCCGGUCCGUACCCGCUCGCAUACUCUCACAAAUCGCUGCUCUACUCCGUAGACGCUACCUCGCCCAUGUCGCCCAUGUCGCCCAUGGACCACCACCACUCUAAUUUUAUAUGCCCUCCCGCAUCGUCCACUGACAGGCCAGGCCUUGUCGCUCUAGGCGCUCAACUCUUCGACUUAUUGCCAUCCCACACCCCCAUCCCACACCUCGCGCCGUUCUUGAUGCAUUUUCUCUCUCCCUCCGCAUGCUUCUUGCACUUUCUGCAACCCCGUGCAUCCCAAGAUUCCUGCUGCUCACCCUUCUGAUGGGAAUGGGACCUUUGCUCCUCGUCCGCGAGCCCAGAAUCACAGCACUCUAGCCACCACAAGCGCCUGCCAUUCGAGAUAUCCCGGCAUACCCUGGCUUUCUGCCGCUCCGCCCACGAGGCGGGUAAAUUAUCGCCACAGUCUCUCAUUGCCGCUCACCUACAUAUCGCACGCGCCUGACGGACCUUGACCAGCAAGCCCGUGCUACCUGAAAUCUUGACGUACCUGGCUGGUAUUACCUCACACCUCGCUCACUCUUCACCACUCAGAUCCACCCCCCUUCUUGUUCUUAUUCAUCAUCAAUUCCACCCUGUGAUCGGCACCGAGCCGGAAGGAGGGGAAAAGAAAAGAAGAAAGGGGAAAAAAGGAAGGGAAAAAAAAAACCCCCGAAAAAGGAAAAACGAAAAAAAAAGAGGGAAAGCGCACGCGCUGUCUCCACGGAAUACAAGUAUCCCCAGGCACGGCAGCCGCCCUUUUCCCACCAAGGCCCCUCACCGCAUACAACAGGCCAGGGUUGACUUUCGGCAUAUCUGAGACAACGAACGUGGAGGACGGACUCGUCCGGAAACGGGCAGCUGGGUGUUCCAUGUGAUGGUCCCAGGUCGAACUGUGUAGCCUCACCGCCCGACUCAAGUUCGUUGCGACGCCUUUCCGGAGGGGUUCUCACCCUACCGCUGUCCGCCAGCGAAGCAUAUCAUGUCUGGCAUGGCCACCUCAGCCAGGCCAUCGAGGGGGCGCUCGACCUCAACUCCCCUGUCUUCGAGGAGUAAAGGGACGGCAAUGGACGACUUCAAGAUGUCGCCAACCGCCAUCCUCCGAUAUUUCGACCCGACUGCGGCCACUGCCUCAAUGUUUCUCUAUGCCCAAGGUAACUCGGUGGUCUGCUGCCACCACGACACCCUGACCAUAGAGAGAAGGUUCUCCCGCCAUGACGACGAGGUGCAGAUCUUGGCCGUCGAUAACCAGAGCGAAAUGGGAGCCGGCAGGUUAGUGGUCAGUUACGACGCAGGGCAGACCGCGAUAGUGUGGGAUAUCAUGUCCGGGGAAGAAGUAGCGCGCUUUGCCUCGUAUGAGCACCUGACCGUUGCCGCCUGGAUGCGAAACGGCAAUGUUGCGUUCGGUAACACGCAGGGCAACAUCAUCCUCUUCGAGCCGACAACAUCAGAGCACAUCUCGGCCCGGACCAUUGACCAAAUAGCAGUGACAGCGCUUGCACCGUCAGCCGACUGCCGGACUUUCGCAAUAGGAUACCAAAACGGCUCGCUGCUGAUUGCGACACUUCAGCCGAGGUUCACAAUUCUGCACAACUUGACCACGUCAAGAGCGCCAUCUCCUAUCAUUUCACUGAGUUGGCAUGCCUCUUCUUCGCGGCAGAAGUCGGAUAUGCUGGCUGUCCAGACCAAUGACGGCGAUCUGAGGGUCUGGAGUGUGUCAAAAGCUUACAACAGCGCGGAUCCAGCAAAGGUUGUCCGCAUCCUGAAGAAGUCGGAGAAUUCCCUGGCCGGCCCGAACUGGAUGGGCUGGUCCAAAAAUGGAAGAAUCAUCCAACACAGCGAAUCCGAAACCCUGUCCUGGGACGUGCGGACCAAGCAUGUAACAUUUGACAAAAUCCCUACCUUGGAGCACACCAAGGGGCUCGCGGUCUACGGCCCUGGGGCCAGCUUAUUUACCAUCGCCGCCAACAACACAGUGCAGCAGUUUGACCUCAAUGCCCCCGCCAUGAUGGUGGCCAACGUUCAGCACCCUGCUAACUUGCUUCCUCCGUCUCCCCCGGUGUCGAUCGAGGAGCAAGAGAAAGGUGUGAGUACAGCGUCCGACUCGGAAAUGGGUUCCAUACAGAUCAGCGCGGAUAUCUCUGAGAGCGAUGAGGACCUCGCUCCGCCAAUGGCCAGGAUCGCCAGGGCUGGCAAUCAUCAGGUAUCAUCGGACGAGGACCAGUAUCGUACAGCCAGCCCGGCAUCAAGCCGGAGCGGUGUGUCUGAUGUCUCGUCCACCAGCUCGAGGACCCCCGGGCGGUAUCAGUCCUCUCUCCGAUCACGCGGCCUGACAGACAACACUUACAUCUCUGCUGGCUCCUCUAUUCGAUCUUCGACUUUCCCACAGGAGAAGCCAAAACGUGAAAGCUCAUCGUUCUCCACGAGCAGCCUGAGCUCUGUCUCUAUGGGAUCAUCAACAAGCCGGUCUCGACACAGACCGUCUCGCCUGCGACAUGAGAUCCCGCGAAGCCCCGAGGAUUCAAGGGUCGUGGAUCUGUUCAAGUAUACCAGAAGCCGUCUCAGUGAUGUGCCCUACAAGAGGCCUCCCAUGGUCGACAGCAGCCGCUUGACAAACGACGACCUCCGACGGCAGAUGCUGUGCACAAUCUUCGGGUGGACGAAAGAGGCGGAAGAUCUUGUUCGCGAUGAGAUGAGCCGCCACCCCCAGGGGACACCGAGCAGGAUUCUGCUCGCGAAAUGGCUGGGCGACAUCGACCCAGACGUCAUGGCGGCAAAUUCUGAGAACAUGACCUCCUCGGACUGGAUGCUGCUGGCGUUAAGCGGCAUCGGUGGCACAGCAGCACAACACAAACUCGGAUUGGCCUAUGUUCAACGACUGCUCGAGAACGGCGAUAUUCACUCAGCGGUGACGAUCAUGAUCGGAAUGGGCGACCAGACUGAUGCGAUCGAGGUGUACAUCUCUCACAAGAAGUUCCUCGAGGCCUUAAUCCUAACAUGUCUCUUCUUCCCGUCAGUGUGGGAGCGCCAGGCCCAGAUCAUCAAGAAGUGGGGAGAGUGGGCUGUCCAACAUGGGCAUCAGCAGCUAGCCAUCCGAUGUUUUGCCUGCUCUGGCAAGGAGUCCGAUGAGCCAUGGACAUCACCCUCGGCACAGCAGAUGACGUUCCAGAGCAUCAAUACAGCCAUAAAUCCCGGCAUCCCUGAGGUCCUCAGCCCUCCCCUGUCACCACCGGGCCUGAACCGCGGGCCUCAGCGAAGCAUUGCCAAGACGUCUGCACUCAAACUCAUCACGUCCUUUGGCGACCAGAACUCCAAGUCCAAAUUCUUCGCGUCCAACGAUGGUGGCCAGACGCCGAUCGCAGCCGGCGUGACGCCAAUUGCUGAGUCGGCUAUAUCGCCAAGGGCAGAAGAGAUGACAACUGCCUUCCUCAGACCCUCUAGCCGCAGCGCAUUCAACACGCCCACGACAGCGCGCUCGCAAACCAGUAACUUUAGCCGCGGAAGACUUCCUUCCAUUGGAGAGAUGCCAAGCGACGCCAACCUGCGCAACACGGCAAAGAAGCCCAGCGCACAGCUCCCCGCGGGCGUCGAUGCCCUCACACCGCCGAUUGACUCUCCUGCCCAGCCCAGCCACAAUGCUAGGAAUGCUGCGGACGAUGGUUAUGCUGCCGUUGGCAUGUCACUGGAGAGGGCUGCUACGGCAAGUCCUAUGAUGAUGAAGAACUCUCACCGCAGAAAGGAAGCCCCGCCGCCAUCUCCCUCGCCAGAUUCCCUCGCGAUGCUCAUGCAGAGUGGCCGACGGAGCCGCAACGGACCCCGUGAGCGCAUGCCCAACGGACUGGAACUGCAGCUCCGAUCAAUGGACCACGCGCUGGGAAGUGACAUCACAUCACCCGAGCAAUCGGUCACUUCUUCGACUCGCUUCCAUUGGCCGACCAGGCGCCGUGCUCCGCCGUCCAUUGCCAGCUCUACCACCUCUGCAUCAGCUACCUCAAGCGCUGCUAGGGGUCAUCGGGGCCACCACGGUGGCAAGAGCCUGGAUGACUACAUCAGCAGCCUUGAAGCCGCCAAGACAAAAUCCCGCGGUGGCAGCCGGGAGGGGCGCAACAAGGCCCGGGACAGAAGCGCAACGCGCAAGGGCGGCUCUCGUGAGCGAUCGGGCGACCGGGGACGCGCCGCUUCCCGAGGUUACACCCCCCGAGCUGGGAAGAGAUCUCCGACUUCUCCUGUCCCAAUGUCGCCGGAAGAUCUGCUCAACCUGAGCACUCCUAAUUUUAGUUCGACGAGAUACGACGAGCGCAGCCAAGAAAUUGAAGAGCCCACAACUGUCCGCAAGGCGAGCACUGUCCGGGCAACUUCAAGGAGUCGCCCUCGCCGAGGCUCAAGCCGCGACGGCAUGCGACCAGCGCCCCUUGAGAUCCCCCGCGGCCGUAGCAAUGAUCGGCAAGGCUCUGGCGCACGAUCCCCAUCGUCGCCUCUCCCCAUGUCUGCGGGUGUACAGCACUACUACGGCUCCGAGGACGAGGAAGAUUACAGGAGGGCCAGGGAAGACCAGGCCAAGUUCCGCAGCAAGAAGACGCUGUCACGGGGCGGCAGCAAGUCUCGUGAACCGUCCCCCGGUUUUCCGAUGACGCGUGAGAGCUCUAAGCCCAGGGAAUCGCAGGAAGCUAGGUCUCGUACCCCCCGUGUCGACUUCGCAGUUUCCGGCCGCGGAGACUUGAAGGCAAUCAAGGACGAGCGCCAACUCAAGAAGGAGGCUGCAGCCCGCGAGCUUGAGGAGCGCCGCAAGUCGCUCGCCAAGCGACCGUUAGCCCCUGCGAUUCCUCACCCGGAUGAGCUGUCCCCGUCCUUCCCAGGCACGAGCAUCCCCCGCGCGCCGACUGCUUUCGAGCUGCCUAGUACUACCUUUGUCCAGCCCAAGGAGCUUCCUCCUCGCAGCCGUACCGCGGAACCCGAAAAGCGGAGCAUGUAUGCUCAGCAGCCGACACGCCCCUUUAUUGGCCUUCCGGCCACCCCCAAGGCGAUGAGACUGGUCAUGGAGGGCCAGAAGGAGAUCAGCCCCGAAGAACCCGUGCCGCCCAUCCCUAUGACAUUUGCACAGGCUGAGUCGCCCAAGUCGCGACAGAACUCACCCCAGAAGGAGACCAGCUCCCCGCAGGCUGGCGAUGGCCAAGGCCUGCUGACCCUGCUCCCUUCUACCGUCUACCAGCCGCCAACCAGGCCUGGUAUCCAGCGUUGUAUGUCUGCACCACCUGAGGAGCCGGUUGCGCCCCAGUCCCUUAGGGGUGACAGCAACCCGGGCCACAGCAGGCUUGCCAGGGGCCAGUCCCUCAGGAAACUGAGCACACCAGAUGCGUACUCAUCAUCCAAGUACAUCCGCACCAUCGAUGGGAUCAUGGACGACAGCCAAGUUGGCAACCCUGGCCACUCACGGCGCGUGUCAAACGCUGACCAGAUACCGCCGCCACCGCCGCCACCGCCGGUCUUGAGGGAGCUCCAGCACCUGGCCACGCCGCCGCCGCCGCCACCCGCACCCCUCCCGUUCGCUCACGGCGGCAAGCCGCCCGUUGUCUACGGCACGGCCGGCACUGUUGAGAUUGUCAUGGACAAUGACGAGCCGUUCCAGCCUGACCACAGCCAGAGCGUUCAGCCCCUCUCCGAGAGCACCGUCCCGGUGAUCGCCCCACCUAACCCCCCUCGUGGCCACCACCGUGGCCGCAGCAGCGUGGACAACAGCAUCGCCGGGCGCAUCUCGCGUGCUACGGAGAGGAUGAGGAGUGGAAGCCGGAGCCGCAACAACUCGAGCGUCGUCAGCCGCACCAAGUCCCCAAUAGAGGGCGGAGCCACCGCGCCCUACGAGAGCAUCACCAUGCCAAAAGGCCCGCCUGUCAGCUUCCACAACCGCGAGCUCAAGUCGCCCAUCGACGGCAGGACGAUGAGGGAGGAGUUUGACUUGAGCCAGAAGAUGAUCUGAGCCGCCGGGGCUCUUUCACCUUUCUUCUUUCUCUCUUAAUACGCUCGGUGCUUAUUGUACCUGGCUUGUGGUUUCUUCUAAAUCUCUUAGCUGCUUAUUCUUCCGUUCCGUUCUCUUUUCCCUUUCACCCAGCAUUGCUUGUGUUCACAGUCAUCGUGUUAUCCUGUUCUUUUCGAUCCUGCAUGGCGGCUGGCGUCCUGUUUACAUUUCACUUCUACACGCAUUUGAUACCAUAUCUUUCACACGCCAAUGACGGGACCCGUUUUUGAGGGAGUGUUCCCGAAGAUGUUGGACACCGGGAAUCGGGGGACAACACCAGCUUUCUGUUUCUGAUGGCUCUGUUCAGGCCCCCCUCUCCAUCCUGUUCUUCGUUUGUUUCUCACCUGCGAUAUACCAACCGACAAGGGCAACAAUUUGUACAUUUCUUACCAAUCUCUGCAGUACCUAUUUCCGUAUCACAUGGCAUUUUCCUGUCUCAAAAAUUUACAAGUCUUGUUGUCCCUUUCACCAACAACGACCACGCUCAUAAACAUCAUUAUCUCUCCUCUCGACUGCGAGUUCUUUUUUACGACGUGAUGAAUGGUGGCCGCAUAGGAAGGGAAGGGAAGGGUGGAAGGACAGGAACGGAGGGAGGAAAAGAGAUGGCACAUGGGUCAAUGUUGUACCGUUAUUUUUUCUUUCCGCCUUGCGAAACAAUGAUUGAUGACGCCAAGGGAAGGUCACGGUGGGUGACAACCGUGGAAAAAAGAUGGGAGAAGAGAGCGCAAUGAUGGCAACAUUGGACAGCAGACAAAACAGAAAACCCGAAUCGACUCACCCAGGAGAUUGGAAACUGGAAAAACGAGCACCGGAAACUAGUCAGCUCUCGGGUGUAAUAUAGUGCUGCCUCACGGCAUUCUUGUUUGAACUAUUCCUAUACCAUCAUGGACAAUGCAAUUCUGAAUCAAUCCGGCA